UCACUGACCAUUGUCCUUAAAAUUGCAGAGUUUGGAUCAAUAGGUACUAUGGGUAAUGAGAUGGGAAACUCAAAUGUAACUGGUCUGCAUGGUUCAGCGACAGAGCAAGACAAUACCGAAGCUAUGAAGGAAUCUUCAAACUCUUUGGUUAUGUCGAAUAAUGUAGAUGGCCUGAAAGGAGCAAUUGAUGAUCUUGCAGAUGGUAAGCAAGCUGCUGAGCAACAUGAUUCUGAGGAUGUAGCAACUUGCAAAACUCCGAAAGCUGUGAUCAUGUCAAAUAAUGUCAAUGAUUCUAAGAGCCAGGAUCCAUCAAACUUGUCGGUAGAAUUUAACAAGUUGCAUGAAAAGCACAUGGUAUCAACUUAUGAUGACUCAUCAGCAACAGAUGAUAAUCUGAUUCAGAAACAGAUGUCUGAAGGAAGAGAGGAGGAACAGAUCAAGUCAUCACUCAACACUUUGUCUAGAAAUGGAGAAACAUUAACAAACCUAUCAGUAGAUCUAAAGAACAAUAAACAGGAGGAACCCACCAGUAUGAGUUGUAAAGAAUCCUUCGCAGGAGACAUAAUGGAGCAGAGGGCUAGCAAUGAGGACAGUGCAGGAUCUGAUGGAAGGUGUGAUGAAUUAGAAAAUGAAAGGGGUGAAAGAAUGAAUGAAGGCAGUGUCACCAAAUCCGACCCAAUAUUAGAUAAUAAUAUAAAAGAAAUUCCAGCAGAUGAGAGUGGAUCUUGUGGAGAGGGAGCUUUGAUAAACAGUAAUGUAGUUGAACAAAAAUAUGAAGAAAAUAAAAAGCAACAACUUCCUGAAUUUGAUAUAGUAGCAAAUGAAUCCACACCAGUGCAACAGAAAAAUAGUUUGUCAAAUGAAUCAAUCAACAGUGUUUAUUUGGAUGCUGCUGAUUCUGAAAUUAAAAGUUUGAUCAUAGAAGAUGAUCCAGAAGGGGUUGAAAAAUCACCCGAGAUGAACCCACAGACGAAUGGCACGAGCCUAAAUCUCACUGACGAUGAUGAUUAUAAGGGGACAUUAGAAAAAGAAACAAUGAAGGAUGAUAUUGAAGGUGAGAGUAUUGCUUGCCAACUUAGAGCCAUAGAUCCCAAUCAAGAAGAAAAGCAGGAAAGCAGGGAUGGCGGAUCAGAAGAAUCAGUGAUUGAGCAGGCAGCUCAAAUUGAUGAGACAAAAAACAUUAAGAGCACACAAGAAAAGCAACAAGAUUACACAUCAAGUUUGAUGUCUGAGAAGCAAAAUAAAUAUACAGAAGGAGAGAUCAAGAUAGUGGAAACAGGAACUAUUGUUUCAGUUAUAGAUUAUUCAGUCACAGAUAACAAACAUGAACAAAUUACGGAACACAGCAAUGAAGGAUCAUACAAGGAAAACACAGAUAACAAACAUGAACAAAAUAUGGAACCCAGCAAUGAAGGAUCAUACAAGGAAAACAAGUUUGAGGACAACAAAAGCCAUGAGAAAGCACUUUCUGAAUUAUCCUCAUCUUUGCCAGAUCCUGUUGCAACUUUGAGUAUAGAUAUGGUGAACAAAUCAGAAGAUUUAAAUGAAACACAAAAAAGUGAAGAACAGAUAACCGUAGAAUGUGAAGAUUCAGAUAGUGAAACCAAUGCAUUAAAAGAUAAUGACAUCAAUGGGAAAAGAUUUUUCACAUUGUCCUCAAAUUUAUUGGAUCCUGUUGAUACAGCUAGUAAAGAAAUGAUGAAGGAAACAGAAACAAGAAAAACGGCAGGAGAAAGUGAACUUCUCAUUGAUGAUCAAAUCAAAGAUGAUACAGCUAGUAAAGAAAUGACGAAGGAAACAGAAACAAGAAAAACUGCAGGAGAAAGUGAACUUUUCACUGAUGAUCAAAUCAAAGAUGUGCCAGAUGCAACCAUGUCUGAGGAGGAACAAGCAUAUGAGAUAAAUUUAGAAACAGCACCACCUGCACCUCUAACAGAACCAUCUGAUGUGAAUAAUAACUUGAUCCCGCCACAUCUUGUUUCUCCAGACUGCUUUCAAGAAUUUGAAUGCAAACAAACUACAGAGGAAUCUGAAACAGAUAUUAAUAUUGACUCCUUGAACAAUGUUAAUGAAUGCCUUGACAUCUGUUCAGGGCUCCCAAAUCAAACUGAUAAAACUACUGUCACGGUAUUUGAGCUAGAAAAUAAGGAGCAAAUUCCAUAUGAGAUAAAUCCAUCUAUGAGCCAGAUGAGGACUCAAGCAAAUGAAGUUCCAAAAUUUGAAAACAGUGAACCAGCUGAGGAUUUUGCAAUGCACUCUUGGAAUGAAGAACAGGAAUGCACUUCCAUGAGCCAUGCUGCUGUCCUUGUUUCAGCUUCCGAUCUCAAAGAACUCGAAAGCCAUGGAAGAUUUGCCACUGAAUCAAAUCAAGAAAAGCACAAUGGAUGGACUGAUGAAACUAUGGAAGCUGGCUACUGUCUUGAAAAAUCAAUUGUAGAAAAUGAAAUUUCAGCAUCACAGUCACAGAAAGGAGGCAGUGAGGAAAUCCCACUACUUCUAGAAAGCAUGAAGUGUCUCACAGAUUUAUCUGAAUGUUAUGAAUAUGGAGCCCCGGGGAACUCAGAGAAUAACAUUGGUGAUCUAGGAGUCAAGACUGAAGUAUCCAAGCAAAAUUCUUUUCCAUAUCCUGAUAAGACUGCUACAGGUGUUGUUUUGGGGUUUGAAAGAAGUGUUGCUGAAACUGAUGAGAACAUUACAAGAUACCAAACCACUGCAAAUCAAGAAAUUAUCAGCAAGAUUGGUGCAGGAACUCAAGUUUCAAUACUUGAAGCAAGCAGUGAAGAAUCCGAUAAAAGCCCACUUCUAUUCCAUAAAAAGCCCAUGGAGUGCAAACCUCCAACAUUGGAAAGAAGUGACUCCGGGAAGUUGAAAACACCACUUCUCAGCCUCAUGAAAGAGGAAGCUUCUGAUGUGAAGUCGCUGGAGAAAAAAGUAGUAGUCCCAAAAAAGGAUGUAGAUGAAGCAUGGCAAUCUCCCGCCAAGAAAUUUGAGGCUACAUCUCCCAGAGGGAGAGCGAAGCACAAGUCUAGAUCAUCCCUUUUCAGCAACUGCAUGUGCUGCACAACAGCAAUAAAUUAA